CUUGCAAUCCUAGCCGCGACGAUAUGCGGCCACAGUCGUGACACGUAGCAGCUAGGGUUUAUGCGCGAUGGCCAAGUCGUGCAAAGGGCUCGCCAGGGAGCUCGUCAAGUGCUUGGGCGAGUCUGUGUGCUACCAGGAGGAGAAGCGAUCGUUGCGGGAUUGCGCCGGGGAGCAUCCUCCCAAGAUCGCUCCUGCCUGUGUGGGUUUGCGAGAAACUUACGCCAAAUGCAAGCGCGGCCAGGUGGACAUGAGAACUCGCAUUCAAGGAAACAAAGGCUACUAGAAGAAGCCCUGAUGUCUUAGAAAUACGAAGGAAACUUGGCCGAAGAACGGUAUAUUCCAUCCCCAGAUCCAACGGCUGUGUUUAAAUGCUCCCUUGA